AUGGGCAAAGACAUAGACGAUCUGUUGAAGCAGGCUGAGACGUUCGUGCGAGCUCACAUGGCAGGGUAUGAUCCUUCUCACGAUUGGCAUCAUGUUGAGCGAGUCCGACGUCUUGCUUUGAAAAUAGCUCAAUCUCUGGAUCCUCAGCCGGAUUUACUGGUAGUUGAAUUAGCAGCUUUAUUCCAUGAUUUAGAUGAUAAAUAUCGAACAUCAACUUCACCGACAUUGUCAGAUCUCUUAUCGCCGUUGUUAUCUCAUCCGGCAAUAUCGUCUUGUCAAUCAGAAUUAAUAUUGAAAAUAAUACCAUCAGUAUCCUAUACAUCAGAAUUGAAAAGUUUGAUUGAACAAAACGACGAAAGACGGAAUUGGCAAAGGGAUUGUAAAGAAUUACAUUCAGUUCAAGAUUCAGAUAGGUUAGAUGCGAUUGGUUCGAUAGGUAUCAUGCGCUGUGCAGCUUUCAGCUGUAAGGUCAAUAGGAAAUUAAUGGAAGAUGUAGAAACUGGAUCCGGAGAUGGAGAUGGCUCUGGUUCUGGUUCUGCUGAAGGGCAUUUCGAGGAGAAAUUAUUGAGAAUCAGAGAUAGGAUGAAAACUCCGUUCGGUAAAGAGGAAGCUGAAAAGAGACAUCAAACAAUGGUAGAAUUCCUUUCGUCCCUUGACAGGGAAAGAGAUUUAUUGAUAUGA